AAAAAUAUUGUUAAAAAACCGCAGCCACCAGUCACUCCUGUCGAGAGAGCUGCCACCAGGAGUCAAUCACAACAUUCGCGGCGUGGUCCGGAAGUUGAAGUUGUGCAUUAUUUGCAACCGUCAGAGGGCCACCUCAACGCGCCGAUGUUCGUACAACCUGCUCGCCCCUCCCCAACUUCGCGGAAGAACAACAAAAAGAAGCGCCGGGGAAGAGUUUCACUACGUGGCUGCUCAGAUGAAAAGAACGCAAAUACUACCACAAUCAGGCAAACGCACCAAGCGUCCUGCCGUCGAAAAAAUCUUGCCUCGAGGCCCCACCACAAGCAGAUGCGACAAGUGCGCGACUUUCACCAACUCAAACUGUUUCAGUUCCUUCUUCAAGACGUGGUGGGAACCAUGCUGAAGCAGAAUUUCUUUCUCGUCUAUGGGGAAAUGACGGGCAAGACGCCCUUGUACUUUCGGAAGGAGGACUGGCAGAUUCUGCAGGUGCAUAUGCACUACAAAUUUCUCGUACAUGUACAAGAUGCAUCACAAAUUUCCCCAAUCCACCGGAGUGUGAAACUUGUCAUGCCGAACUAGCAUCGAAGCCAUCAACUUUUGCCAUGCAGAGACCGCAUUUGUACGUGUGCAGGAAAUUUACUGUGGAUAGUGCAGGCAGAGAGGGCGUACCUGGCGGAGUCAAGAAAUAAGAGACAAGAUGUGCAGCUGGGGGGUGAUGAUCCUCGACGUCCUGCGAAGGAAGCUGCUGCUGGCGCCGUGCUUUAUAAUAAUGCAAGUGAAGACCACGGCAGGGCCAUGAUAUCUGGUUCAUCUACUGUCUCGUCCGAUUCCAAAAGAAAAGGCUUAGCUCAAGCUGUGCCAGGAACAACGGAGGAGGUUGUCAACGCAGCAGGAGCGGUACCAAUACCAGCAAAAAGCGGACUUCUCUCGACGAACAGCGCUGGUGCGCAAAAAAAGGGAGUAGCAGGAAAGAGAUCUUCCGGAGGACUGACUUCCGUUCCAUCAUCGAAUCAUGAUUGGGCACCGUCGCAACGAAAAGUGCGCCCACAAGCAGCACUGCACGAUUCGUCGUCCACGAAGAUUCUUGGAAAAACAAUUUCAUUAACUAACCCGACGAACCGAAUCCGGUGGGUUCCGAAGGGGUCCAAGGGCCUGCGCCCGAUUGUGGAUCUGCGAUUUCAGAACCGAAACUGGCAGCUACGCGACUCGGUUGCGGUUUUGAAACACCAGCUCGUGCACAAUAGAGCAACGGUUUUGAUGAAGAUGAUGCAGGAGAAGAAGCCCUCUACGAAGAUGUUGAACACAGUGCAUAGAGCCGCAGUUUCUACUUCUUGCAAGACAAAGAACACCCGAGCUACUCCUGCUCUCGGAAUCUCGGUUUUUCACCGGUUCGCAAUUGCGGCGAAGCUGAAGAAAUGCGUGCGGAAAUUCGUUAGCCAGCGGAGGAAAAUAUUGAAAACGACGAGGAAAGCCUCGAAGGCCCUGGUGGAGGCAUCUGGCUCAGCAGAUGAUAGCCGACAAAGUGAUGCGCAUCGAUGUAGUAGGACUACCAGGAGCAUAAAAAUUGCGCGGCUUCGCCGGAGCUGCGCGGGCCCUGCAACCAAUUUCGCCAUCGCCGACCUGCCAAAGUGUUACGAUAACAUCAAUCGCGAAGAGCUGAAAGAUAUCAUCGGUAAAUAAUCAUCAAAACCACGAACAUCGUUCAUCGAUAUAUAUAAGUACAAGUUUUGUGUUUGUAUUUGCUCGCUGCAAGGAAGAUGAAUCACGUGUCCGAUUUGUAUUGCAUCGUGCGUAACUUGUCGCGCGAGGGUAUACUCGACGCACAAUUUUCUGUGUGUCAUAGCGUCGUGCGUAACAUUACCCAGCACGUUCUUGCUCUAGCCCCGUAGAAGAAGUAUCGCGUUCGCGGUGACGUCGGUGCAGCAAAGCGUACGAGAGUGAAAAUACACGAUACGACGGGCUGCCAGACAUCGUUGUUGGGCAGCACGACCGCGUCCCCGUCAAGAAGAUUUGAUGAUGAUCAUGUUGCAGUUGGUUUUUUUUUCAUCGGAUGCACCGGCUCAUCAAAACGCACGAGCCGGAAACGGAUUGCCGAGUAUCCUUUCCUUUGCUGCUCAAGAUGCAGCAGGCGCAGGCAAAAGCUGCACGUGGGGCGAGUCAAGCGAAAGACACGACCAAGAAAACGCGUGUUUGUCCAGGCAAGGACAAAAAAACUACUUCGACCACCAGCAGUCGUGGUGCUGCUGAAGCUCAGGAGUCCAACAUCUCGGAUAGUGACAGCAAGGCCGCCGCCGCCGCUAUGCCUAUGCUUAUGCAGGAUAACGACAAGGUCUGGACCCGCGCCGCGUUCCAGGAAAAAGGCAAGAGAACGUUAGCGGCAAGUAAAAAGGGCCCACAGAAUUCCUUCUUGCGGCGGAAGCCGUAUGUGCUGUUUGCGCGGAAACAAGAACAGCUGCAGGUGGCACCACGCGGUGGUCGAGGAGGACAUCAUCAUCUCCAGAAGCGCGAAGUUCCUUGUGGUGCGAGCGAGAAGAAUAAAAUUGUGAACGUGCUUCCUCCACCGAAGAUUAUGCACCUGCUUGCCCCAGUCGGCCCGAUGCGCACAAUUGCGCAUGCUAAGGUGACCGACUGCCUGCAAGCUUCCAUCGAUUCGUUUGCCGUGGAGCUAAGGGUGUGUGAAUCGCCAUUAGGUGGUUGUUGUGGUUGCUAAUCACGACCCUGAUUUUGCAUCUGGUUCUGGGCCAUGCUGAAAUUAUUGGGCAUGAUAAUUGGUGAAUGAAGGUUGUAUCGUGCACGAAUAUAAAGACGAGCAAUCCGCACUAGCUGCACUGAGAUUAGAAAUGAAACUGAAGAACAAGCUACUGUCAAAAAAAAAAAGACAACUUCCACCUUCCAUGUGCAUAACGCCUGAAAAACCUGCAGAAGGUGGUAUCGCGAGAGAAGUCCUCGCUUGGUAUAGCGCAGGGCGCCCGGGCCAGCCCGCUGUUUAACGCGUUGGUGCUUGGAGCAAAAGACGGGGCCUGGUUGGAGAGAGGGAAGAACAUUAGAAGCAACACAAAAGGAGCGACUUCUUGUUCAUCAACACAGAAGGCUCAGAGUCACAGACACCAGGAGCCGCAACUUUAUGUACGGGAAAUAAACAAGAUCAUGCCAGCUGCCAACGGCAAUACGAGAAGAAAUCUGAAAAGGCCAGCAUGCGACCAGCAGCGCGCCGUAGUUUCCACAGCCGAGUCCGCGUUACCGUUAUCCUCCUCCUCCGGCGGGAAGCGUCACAAGGCAACCUCUGGUCCUCCUCUCGAGACCACUACGACGUCCUCUCGUCAGGAACGACCAUUCUCAUUGUCACGAUCAUCUCCGCAAGGCCGUCAAACAUCAAGAGGAUCAUGCAAGAUGAAUCGUGGUAAUGGUAUUGCUACUACCUCCGGACGAGCAGCCAAUAGGUUGGUGACCAUGGCCAUGCCAGUUCUGCAAACCAUUCCAGAGGAACAUGUCCUCGACGCGGCCGAGGACAUCACAGGACGCAGUUUGCUACCCCCAGCUCCAAGCACCACCACGUCUGCACCGGGUGGAAUGGCAAGGCCUGCUCCAAGACCUCCAGGAGCCGGCCCACGGAAUAAAGAUGAACUAAGCACACCUACGAGAGAAAGGCAACAGCUCGCAAGUACUACUGCAGCGGAUAGUUUUCCUGUUCGCAAGCCGGAUUUUGUAGUUGCUAGUUUGCACGGAAAAGCAAAAGGAAUAGGAGAAGAAACUAAGAUCCACCGUUUGCGUUGUCGUCCGGUGAAGCUCGCGGCGCGCCUGGUCGAUGACUUCUUCUACAUCGGGCCAGAAAAGUAUGUAAUCUGUCAGGUUGGAAAUGAUCUUCUGAGGGCGUUUGUUUUAAUUUUUGUUUGCAAUGAUGUACGAAUUGAUGCUCGUUUGCAACGAUUUGCUGUGGCGAAAUUUUCAGUCUCUGUAAGCGCAGACACAAAAGCAGUACUUUGUGGAAACAGCAACUUCAGGCGCGCAUCAUAGCAUCCGGGGUAAUAUCACUCCGGACGGUAUGAUAGACGUUGCGCGCCUCGUCGACAAUACCAUCGUGCGUGAUGUUACUCCGCAUGCUUUGAUGCGUGGCGGAAGCUUCCGCGCUUGUAGGCGUGACAGCGCGCCGUGCGUGCAGCGGGAAGUGGAUUUCGAUCAUGUGGGGUGUGCGACUGCAUGAUCCGAUUUGCUUUGAGUGGGCCGCGCGUCAGCGAGCCCGAGAUCGCACAUGGUUCGGAUAGUUUCUUGCAUACAUCCAGGCUCAUUAUAAAUACUUGUUUGAUGACAACUUGCUCUUGCAUUGUUUAUGCAAUUUGGCCCGCGGCCCGGCCGGGUCUUUCUUUUGCACUAUCUUGCGGUAGCCGCGUAUAUGAUUGGACAAAAUAACAAAUAUCCAACAGCUCCUCCGACUUCGCGCAAACGGCUAAGUCGGGAAAAUCCACGAAAUUCAUGCGUAUCUGUCACAUGUGUACUGCAAAGCUUUCAAAUUCCGCCCAAAAUUGAAAGCAUUUGCAGCAGGCAUGUGCGUUUUUGGCUUUAAUUUGCAGCCUCUACAGUACACAUGUGCCGAAUUUCUUGCGUUUUCCCGACUUAGCCGUUUGCGCGAAGUCGGAGGAGCUGUUGGAUAUUUGUUACUUUGUCCAAUCAUACCCGCGUAGUUGUAUGCAUAGGUAGUAUUCCGUGCUGCGUAAGGUUAUCCCGCAUGGUAUCGUGUAAGCUCUCUUUCUGCCACGUCAUACCCUCGCGCAGAACUUUCUACACGAUGGUAUGCAAAUAAAUAUGCUUUUCGUAACGUUUCACUAUCACAGCGUCCCAUAGCAUACAUCUACGAGUCACAUCCUUAGCCAAAUCCUGAUGUCAACUGCUACUCUAUUGACGAUUUCCUACCUGCCGCUUUCAUAAAACACCUCACAAGAUAUUUUCGAAGUGGGAAAAGGUCUUCGGACGGCUGCACAAGAAGCGAGCUCUGACAGGCGUGCGCAGGCCGGUAAAAAAAACCUUUCGGAUAACUGGGCUUCAGACACGACCCUCUGACGAAAAACAUCGCGACACACUUCCUCCGGCGAACGUGGUGCGGCAGCCACCUUCUGCCGCAACCAUCACUUGGGCGGGUAUCCGCUUCGCGCCGGAGUACUGCAGUGAAAACGGCUCUACAGGAGCGGCUUCCUCGCGCCGCCUUAUCCUCCCAGGCAUCCGGCGUCUGAACUAUGGCGUUCUCAACUGUUACAUUCUCAAUUGUUGCAUGAAUUUGUAAUGCAAAAAUGGCAAAAGUGAAAGCAAAGGAAAGGCCUUGCGCGUCGUGCAUGACAGAUUUGGCGCAGAUUCUCCGCCUGUUUGGCCGUCUGAGAAUUUGUCAUGCGAAGCAGCUUGAUGGCGUAAGUAGUAAAGGCAAUUUUGCAUGACAAAUCAUGUAACAGUUGAGAGUGUAACGCUUGAGAGCUCCAUAUGAGCAUCUCUGUUGUUUUGAAACAGACACCGCUGACCCUCGGAGCGCCGGGGCGGCCAGGGAAAAAGAAGGGUCGAGGACGAGGACCUUUCGUUCACAGCAAAAAGAAUUCCAUCAUUAAAAACGGUCGUCCAACUGCAAGCACAAAAAUCCUCGAGAAGCUCAGUGCCACCUGUCUCUAUCCGAUGUAAAGACUUCACCACCUCCCCAUAGUCAAGAAGGGGGUUUAUUUGCAUACACAAAUCCAGAAACUUUGGGAGACACGCACGACAAGCUCCUUCUCUCGGUAGUGUAGCGCAGUUUAGCGGGGACAGCCGCAUCACUAAUCCAUCGGCUUAUCCUGCAGCUUACAGCAUUACAAGUGCCAAAGGCGCGUUUGUGGUUUGGUCGGUUUAAGCAUAACAAAUGCCAAAACGCGACAACUAGAACAAACUGCACCUUUUGCGGAUGCGCAUUACAAACGUUCCUGCAUAUGCAAAUCUGCAUGACAGCUAUGGGCUGGGACGUUUUUACACCGGAUAUCCUCCGGGUUUUACACAGCCACUGCUUUCCGCUUCCCGAUCUGGUGUUGGAUAAGCGAUUGAACAGCGCAGCGCACGUGGAGAGGUUUUUGCUGGAGGCGUUGACAAAGGUUGCGCAACGGCUGAAGGACGCAGUGAAGCGGCUGAGAAAAAAGUUUGGGGUCCACGUCAACUUAGCGGAUUUGCGGGAAGGUGUGUGGAAAAAACGCAUCCUGGACUACGUCGAACGACGGUGUGCGCAAAGCGGGCAGCGGGCACGCUGGGCCGCGAUCUGUGACCGGGCGGAGAAAAUCAUGGGUCGUGGUGGGCCUUGAUGCUGGAGGGAUCUUCGAGGUCUUCGUGAAAAGUCACCGCUACCUUUCCCUACUUAACAAUUACACACGGAGUCCAAGAUAAGAGUGGGUCCAGUGUCACUAUCGUUUCUUUCGGACACUUGGUUUCCUUUUCCGAAUUUCGGCAACGCCAAUCACCAAGCAGUUCCUGUCCUGUCCGCGCCUCCUCAAUGCCCAUGUAUCGACGGAACAAAGCAAAAAACGAGCGACAGGAUAUUGUGUCGGCAGCCGCAGCACGCUUGUCUGAUGUAGAUGUUCGUAGAUGAUGCUGCUCCUGCGUUGGGUCAGGCAGCCUUCCACGCAGUUUUUCAUCUGGUGUCAAAGUGGGAAAUCGUACCGGUAUAGUGCGUCGACGUAGAAGUGCGACUGUCAGCUAUUAAGACAGAAGCAAGCCGUGUAUUUCGUGUUGAG